AUGGCGCAGGGCAGUUUGAUUAAUGUUAGGAGCAAAAAAUAUGGCAGAGUAGGCAGAAAGCCAAAUGAAUUUUCUGAUGACUUCAUUCAAUCAAUGCCUUUACAUUUAAGGCAGACAGAAAGGAGCUAUGCAGCAGCAUUAAAGAUCUCCCAUGUGACACUUCACAAUUUGAAGAAAAAGGGAAGGUUAAGAACACACACAAGUACCAAAAAGCCAGCCCUGACAUCAGACCACAAGGUAGCAAGAAUGAAAUGGAUUUUGUCACACAUAAAUCCAGUUACAAGUAAUGGGGACCCAACAUUUGUUGAAAUCAAGAAUGUGAUACACAUGGAUGAGAAAUGGUUCUAUCUGAACCCUGAUAAGAGGAGGUUUUACCUCCUACCUAGUGAGGAAGAUCCUUAUAGGCCUAUACAAUCCACAAGAUUCAAGCUUAAAGCAAUGUUUAUGGGCUUAAUUGGGAAGCCAUUGUAUGACACAGAUGGGGGACUACUUCAUGAUGGGAAAUAUGGAAUAUUCCCUUUCACAGUCAAACAACUAGCCAAGAAGUCAAAUAAAAACAGAGUAGCAGGAACAUGGGAAGCAAAAGCAAUACAGAAUGUAAACAGAGAGGUCAUCAGAGACAUGUUGGUGGCCAAUGUCAAUCCAGCAAUUAUUUCAAAGUGGCCUGACAGUCAGCCAAAAAAUAUUAUAAUCCAAUGGGACAAUGCAAGGCCACACCAAGUUCCUACUGAUGCAGAGUUUAUGGCAGCAACAACAGGUCAUGGAUUUAACAUUCAAUUUGUUUUCUAA